AUGAGUAUUAGGUUGGACAGCAGUGGUAAUGCUGUGACGGAACCAUUUACAAAAAUUAAAGAUGUCCUAGACUGGACUCCAAACACUUUUUUGUGGAAAUCUGCAGCUUUAAAUGAAGCACCCCAGCGAUAUGUGGGCUCGGAUUUACUAGAACAGACCAGGAAGAAGUCCUCAAGGCCACAAGUUUUGGUUUGUCAUGACAUGUGUGGUGGCUAUUUGGAAGACAGAUUUAUUCACGGUUGUUCUGCAUCAUCAGCGUAUACAUUUUAUCACUGGCAGUUGAUUGACAUCUUUAUCUACUUCAGUCAUAACUUUGUUACCAUCCCUCCUAUUGGGUGGAUUCAAGCUGCCAAGAAACAUAGUGUAAUGGUUUUAGGCACCAUUAUAACAGAAUGGGAUACGGGCGCAGAGAUUUGUAAAGAGUUGUUAAAGUCUGAAGAGUCCAUAGACCAGUUUACAACAAAGUUGUCAGAGAUGGCUUUACUGCAUGGGUUUGAUGGCUGGCUCAUCAACAUUGAAAAUAAAAUUGAGAGUGACCAAGUUGCUCGACUGCUGACAUUUGUGCAGCAGCUGACAGUAAAAUGUCGUCAUCUGUUAAAUGCUUCUAAAGUGUUGUGGUAUGACAGCGUUAUCAACACGGGUGAACUGAUCUGGCAGGACGAACUCAACUCUCUCAAUGAAAUGUUCUUCACAGUAGCAGACGGAAUAUUUUUAAACUACUGCAUCACGAAAGAAAAACUGAUACGUUCAAAGCAGCUGUCAUCACUUUUUGGUCGAGAGUUUGACGUCUUUGCUGGAGUUGAUAUUUUUGGUCGUUCACCGCCCGCAUAUGGAGGAUUUAGCACAAGAGAGACACUGAAACUGAUUCUGGACCAAGGCUUGUCUUGUGCUCUGUUUGCUCCUGGCUGGGUGUACGAACAUUUGGGGCCGGAGCAGUUUGAUUCCAAUGAACUAACGUUCUGGGGAUUACUGAGUGAGAUGCUGUCCCCUAGACCUGUUGAAAUACCAUUUGCAACAUCAUUUUGUCGUGGCUACGGAGAUAGAUUUUACAUACAGGGGCAGGCUGUUACAGAUGGCCCUUGGUACAACCUGAGUCUGCAGCAGAUCCAGCCAAGCUUUACCCACAGCCAGUUUGUGGCUUACACAGUCACCAAAGUCAUAGAGCCUGAAGCUUCAGAAGACAAACAGCAACAGGAGAAGAAGCAGAAGUGUACUGUUCAAGUGGAAACUUGUGCAAGAUAUCCGGCCUGUCCUGAAAUGAAAUAUGAUUUGAGUGUGGGGUAUUUAGGUGGAGGCAGUCUUAGGCUUGGUGCAGGGAGAAUGCAGUCUGUGCCUGUCUUGUUUCGACUAGUUUCCCUGAGAGCCCACCAGGAGAGAUCAGUCUGUGUGUCCGUGAUUUGGAGUCUUCCGUCUGAGACUUCUGGCCACGCUGGAGUGGUUCUGUCAGCAGGUGGGCCAGGCCAGCGUCAAGGACGAUCCAUAAUUGUAUACCUGGACACUACUCUCAGUGACAGGCACAAGGAUGUGGCAUCUAAAACACUUCAGGAUUCGGAAGGUUACCUAGAACCUGUUCAUUUUCUGACUGCUGCUAAACGUGAUAUAAUUAGUGAAGAAGGAAACUGGACACAAUGGAGCUUUGAUGCAGACUUAAGUCUUCUAUUAAGGAAAGAUGAUCAAGAAUUUACGCUGUCAAUAAUUUUGAUUCCUCCCCUUGAAGUGUGUGAUGGGGUCACGUCUGCUAGACAGAUGUCUGUUCAUAUUGGCCACCUGCAGCUUUCGUUCAAGAUGAGAGCAAGACCAGAUAAGAAGCAACUGACAGAAACAGCUGAUAAUAGACAAGUGCAGUUGGAGUCAGCAACUGCUCAGAGGCAAAACUGUGUAGAGAAGAGUGAUAUAGAACCUCCAGUAAACACAAAAGCAACACCAGAGAAUAAGUGUCAGCUGACAGAGACCUCAAAAAGUAAACAGGUGAGGAUGGAUUCAGAUACUUUAAGCCAAAACAUCUGGAUGGAGAAGAGGGAUUUGGUCAGCAAUAGUGGCAACGUUUGUGGGUCUGUAUGGAAGCACACUGUUGACCUCAUCUCGGAAGCCUCACCAGAUAUGCUGGAAUUGUUACAUGUGCUUCAGUGGGAGUCUCUUAGCAGUGAUGUUCAUGUGUACCUAUUAUAUAAGCAUGAUGAGGAAGAUGUGAAACAGUGUAUAGGACACACAGCAGAGAGCUGGUUUGUAUGGAGACAGACUGCUAGGGAGAAACAAGUGAUGAGGUUUUCUAUAAAGCCAGUAAUGAAGACUUGUGACCAGAAGGAAGAAGUGUUUUUCUAUGUGUAG